AGCAUCAGUAGCUGCCGGAGCGCCUCUUGCAGCGGCUGGAGCGCAGGAGACGGAGAAGGAGCGCUUCUUCUCUCUCUCUCUCAUCUCUCAUCACACUGUGGUGGUGUAAAGUUGAGCAGAGACACGUCGAUGACCUGCGAGCAUCCUCCGGGGAAACUGUGCAUUUGACUGGCUUAACGAGCGUCAGUUUCCAUCUCUUCACCAACAACCAACACAUCAUUUGUUGCUGUCGUGGCUCUCCUCUCCUGCUGUCCGACGGCUGCGUCUCAACCUCAUCAGACUCCGAGCAUCACAGAUGGAGUGGCUCACACCUGAGAUGUGAAGUGUGUUAUGUGAUCCAAGGUGUUUUCCCACCUCGCUGGUGGUGGGGAGAGAUGCUGCACUCCGUUGCCAUGACAGCAGAAGUUCUCUUUGUUCUGGGGUUCCUGAUGAGCGGCGCUCAGUGCAACCCUAUAGCGACCUUACCAGCGAGCCGAGAGCGUCUGGAAAGAGUGUUGACCCAAGCCAGGGAGGACAAACAUCAGGACGAGCAGGCCCUAGAGGAACCGCUGGGAUACGGCGCUCAGAUCAAUGCUUUGGGCGCCAACAGGACUGCUGUGAGCCGCGCCAGGACGAACCUCAGCUCAGGAUCUAAGAGCGGGAAGACCCAGGAGCUGUGGACUGUACAGGACAGCCUGAACCAAAUAGACGAUGGCCCCACCAGUGACGUCACCGUCUCCCUGGACGCCAUCGACGAGUACGCCUACCCAGACUACAGGGGGAAAGGCUGCAUGGAUGAGAGCGGCUUUGUGUUCGCCAUUGGCGAGCAGUUCACCCCGGGCCCUUCGACGUGCCCUUGCCUCUGCACAGACGAGGGCCCUCUGUGCAGCAAGCCCGAAUGUCCCAAGGUUCACCCUCGCUGCAUUAAAGUGGACACUAGCCAGUGCUGCCCGAUGUGCAGGGAGAAAAAGAACUACUGCGAGUUUCGGGGCAAGAUCUACGCCUCGCUGGAAGAGUUUAAGGUGUCUCCGUGUGAGAAGUGCCGGUGUGAGCCAAGCGGGGAGGUGUUGUGCUCCGUGGCUGCCUGCCCUCAGACUGAGUGUGUGGACCCAGAGUACGAGCCGGAUCAGUGCUGUCCCAUCUGCAAGACAGGGCCAAAUUGCUACGCGGACACAUCAGUGAUACCGGCCGGCCGAGAGGUGAAGAUUGAUGAGUGUACAAUCUGCUACUGCACAUACGAGGAGGGCACAUGGCAGAUUGAGCGUCAGGCCACCUGCAGCAAGAACGAGUGCCAGCGGAGCUAGAGACUGGCACGCCGGUCAGAGGGGACAUUGGCACGAAACACCAGCGCCAAGCCGCAUGUAAACUCUCGGCCUUUCGCCCAGUCUACCGGACAUCAGGGUCGGACAGCAGCCCUCGGGCAUUUCAGCAUUUAUAGUCACUCCUGUAUUACUGAAAAAAAAAAAGCUUUUAUGAAAGUUUAUAAUCCACACACAGAAUAUCUAUUUAUCUAUGUAUUAAAUUAUUUAUGAAUAUACACAAAUAUAGGAGUCAUUAAUGCUGAACUAGUGAACAAAUAUUUUUUAUAGCCUCUGUAUUUUAUUAAGCAAUGUAUUGGACCAGAGGUCAAUAAAACAGAAUGUAUAGAACACACACAGCUGUCUUUGGAGGUGAAAACCUCAAUAUGUCUCGACAUGUGGUGCCACCCGACAAAUCCUGACACCCGUCCCUCUACCACCAAAGUGCAGACUAGACUAUGUGAAGAUUUGCUGUGUAGGACGAUCAAAUGCAGAGUUAAAAACAACGAGAAAACGGAAGGGAAUUGAAGAGGACUUGACUGUUUCCUGAUUUCUUUUUUUGAUGUUCAAACGUGUUUUGAUUUGAAAGUGCUUUUUUGUAUUUCUCUUGGUACCGUGUGUUCAUGUUUCAAAUAAAUGCCAAUCUGCGCUCUA